AUGUUGUCCAGAAAAAACAAGAUUUACUUUAUGCUUGUUAUUACAACUUGCUUCUUCUUUGUAGAAAUUGUAAUUGGCUACUAUGUUAGUUCGUUAGCAUUGAUUGCUGACUCAUUUCACAUGUUGAAUGAUCUUCUUAGUAUGUGUAUCGCACUAUGGGCUAUCAAUGUUGCCUCUUCUACAAAAUACGAUCCUAGAUACUCUUAUGGAUGGCAAAGAGCCGAAAUAUUAGGCGCGUUGAUCAAUGGUGUAUUUCUACUUGCCUUAUGCUUCACCAUUCUUAUCGAUUCGAUCGAAAGGUUCGUUUCUCCUGAAGAAAUUAAGAAUCCUGUCAUGGUAUUAGUCACAGGUGGUGCGGGGUUAUUAGCUAAUGUCGUCGGCCUAUUCUUAUUUCACGAUCAUGGACAUAGUCACGGACAUAGUGAUCCGGAGAAAGGCAAUCACAGUCAUCAUGGAGGUGGUCAUUUAAAUAUGAAAGGGAUAUUUUUACAUGUUCUUGGUGAUGCAUUGGGAAACGUAGGCGUUAUUGCGUCCGCUUUAUUCAUAUGGCUGACUCCAUUCAGCUGGAGAUUUUACUUUGAUCCUCUCGUUAGUAUCCUCAUUACGAUCAUUAUCUUUACAUCGGCUCUGCCACUGGUCCGUCAAACAGCAUCUAUUCUGUUGCAAGGUGUUCCCAAGAGUGUUCCUCUUUCAGAUGUCCAUGAGUCGCUUGUAAAGCUGGAUGGUGUUUUAUCAGUGCAUGAGCUUCACGUGUGGCAACUGUCAGACACAAAGCUGAUCGCCUCACUUCAUGUGUUAAUCGAAUCAAGAGAAAAAUAUAUGGAUUUAGCUUCACAAAUACGUGGAUUACUGCACAGCUUUGGUAUUCACUCGGCCACCAUUCAGCCUGAAUUUAUAGAUGAUAAAAAGACUGAUCAAGCAUUGUCUAUUAUGCCCAAGGAAGAGAAUACAAACCAAAGUGGCACUCUGAAUGAUACUAGCAGUGAUAUUGCCAGCGACCAUAACUCUGGCCAGGUAAGCUAAAGGUUCUUGUUGAAUUCAUUAUGCUUAUUGAUACCUCCUUCAUUUAUAGGAUCUACAGAAUUCAUCAACAUGUCUAUUACGUUGCACAGAAGACUCUUGUUUAGAAAACAACUGCUGUCCUCCAUUACAGAAUGAAACACAGUAACCUCUCUUGUGAUGUACUAUAUAAAGAAAUGUAUAUUUUUAUUGCCGUUUUAUUCUAAAUAAUGUUUAACAAUCUCCGGAGCAAGCAUUGAAUGCUUCCCGAGCUUUUAAAUUCAAUACAGUAGCUUGAUUAUGAUUUCGUAAACGAGUUUUUUUUAUAGCCAUCGCUUUGUGUCAAAUAUGUUUUUACUUCGAGGAACUAGUGGCUGU